AAAUGGCUGCUAUGUUUCUCAGUGAAGGAAAACUGGCGAAAAUUGACGGCACCUUCAGGGAGUGGUGCUAAAACAGUAGUAACACGCCUUCAAGGACUUAAUGGCAUGAGGUUAAUAACAAUAUUUUUGGUGAUGGUGGAACAUUCGAUACUGCCAUUCGUGGUCGCUGGAGAUAAUACGAAGAAAAUAGAAGAUGCAUACAAUAACAUUCUAUACCACUUGCUGCUAGAUGGCACUAUAAUCGUGCAGACAUUCUUCGUUAUGUCUGGAUGUCUGUUGGCUUACUAUUUAGAAUUAUUUGCUUCAAAAGGUAAAUUAAAUUGGAAGAUUAUACCCAAAGGAAUAUUUUUAAGAUGGCUAAGAUUAACACCACCGUAUUUUAUAGUGUUAGCUUUUAUCAUGACUUGGGCUAGAUUUACCGGAUCUGGACCAUUAUGGCACAAAAUAAUGGACGCCGAAGUCGGAGACUGUCGUCGCGACGGAUGGCUCAACAUGCUUUACGUCAACAAUUAUGUCGACAGAUCUCAAUGCAUGAUGCAUACUUGGUAUUUAGCAGCAGACAUGCAACUGUCUAUACUUGGAUUAAUAACAUUAGUGGUGGCAAAGAGUAAUAGAGCAAGAAUUGUUGUACUGUCAGCUUUAUUUAGUAUCUCUUUGAUAAUUCCUUCUGUACAAACGUACUAUCAAGACUUGUAUGCAUAUUUCACUAUUACGCCUGAAUUCGUACGAGCACUCUUCAGAAAUAAUCCAACAUUCAAUGCGUACAGACGCGGCCACACAAACAUAUCUUGUUACGUCGCUGGACUUAGUCUUGGUCUAUUGAUAAAUAACUUACAGAAAACGAAGAUAGACAUGAAAAUAUAUGCGAAAUACAAGUAUUUGUACUGGAUGCUUGUGCCAAUCGGCAUUGGAGUUGUACUCACCAGUGGUAUAUUCUACAUGGACGGUAUGGAUGUCCCUCUUGUUUACAAAGCGAUACACUCCGGUGCAUUGCGAGGGGUCGCUGGGAUCCUAAUAUGUGCGAUCAUAUUAGGAAUGGUACUCAGAAUUGAAGAUACUUACAGAAGAAUCUUAGAGUGGCAGGGCUGGACGACACCAACCCGGCUCUCAUACUCCGCGUAUCUACUUCAUCUCAUUGUUAUAGAAAUUCUCACAGGGACAAGAACUACAUUAAUAUAUGUAACGGAAUUUCAAAUGAUGGUUGUAAUAAUUGGCACUUCCAUUGUGACUUUCCUGAUCGCGGUUCCGUUCUGGUUGCUGGUCGAGGCGCCAGUCUCACAAUUCAUAAAAGUUGUCUUCCCUGCGAAAGAUAAAUAGAAAAAAUUACUAAAGACUAGCUAACUAUUAUUAGAGAGUAGCCCCAGUAGUAAAGGUAAGGAG